AUGGUUAAAGUAGAUGUGCGCAGAGAUUAUUAUGCUGAUCUGGGCGUCGGGCCAGGUGCCGAUACGGAUGAGAUUAAGAAGCAGUUUCGGAAGUUGGCUUUAAAAUACCAUCCCGAUCGAAAUCCAGGACGCGAAACUGAAUUCAUCACAAAGUUCCAGGCAAUCCAAGCCGCCCACGAAAUUCUGAGCGACACCCAACAACGCUUGAAAUAUGACACCGAAAGACUGAGGGCUGGAUAUGGAAAGCUAUAUGGACCUUCAUCUACGAGCGCUCCACGCCGUGCAAAUACCACAGCAUACCCCGCCGGCACUACAACCAAAGCACCAACUUCCAAACCUCAACCCACUCGACCGGCUUCAUACCAAGCUCCGCCAUCCAGCGGUGCCCAGCGAUAUGCAAACUACGCCAAGGCUGCUCCCCAGCAGCCCUAUGAUAAGAUGUACGAGCGGGAAACCCGAGCAGAUGCAUUUCGUGCAUUUCAAGGAAUGAAAGCCAACGGCUGGACGAAGUUCGAUCCCACGUCUGGAAGACCGGCUCCACCACCGACUCGAAACACAACUGCAGGCGCUGGUGCACAAACGGCAUCAUCUCGUGGAAAGUCGGCAUACGAUCAUCUGAACUCUCGGCCGCAUCCCGAAGCAUUUGGACGGGCUUCAGCCGCGAAGAAGAAACAUGGCUUUGCUCCAAACAACCCCGACGGCGACGAACCUAUGGCCCGGAAUAUUUCAUCUUAUCAAAACACGCCGCGACAGGAUCGAUCUUCUGCUUUCUUUGACAGUGUACCUGCACCUACCGCCAAAUCGAGGAGGACUCCUGCUUCUUCUCGUCCUGAAACGCCCGUGGAUGAGGUUCCUCCGGACCUUGAGCGUCCCAGCCAUAAAUAUGCAACAGCCGGUGGCGAGAAGACCUACUUUUCCAGCGCAGGAUUGGCCCGAGCUUACAGUAUGAGGGACUCUUCAACAAGCUCCAAGGCACGAUCGCGGACCAAUCCACCUAGUCCUCGUUCUCCGGCUCAUGACAGGCACCGUAGCGCUAGUCCAGGAAUCAGACGUCCGCACAAGGCUUACGCAUCCUCUUCAUCAAGUACCAGCAGCGAGGGUGAAUUGGAUAGCGAUGUUGAUCAACCGACAUUCGUUCCGAGGCGGAAGGCCGUUCCAAAAAGUCGGUUGCGACCAGGUCAGACGUCCCAUUACCAAGGCCCAGGAUCAGGAAACGACUCCGAUAAUCCAUCGUUUGCAGCCAGAGCUCAACAGGCUGCUCGAGCGGAGUAUGUUCCCCAAGGAAGCACAUUGAAUCCUGACCAGGCCGCUGAAGGCCUUGCCAACCUGAAUUUUUCCCCGAAUGGCGCUAAAAGCAGAAGCCAUGAUAAUCUGAACAAACGAUUCUCCGCCAGUGACUGGGGCGAUGCCUUCAAACCAGACCUUUUCGCGCCGAAUCAAGCCAAUGGUCACCGUCGCAGCAGAUCGAAAACUUCGCCUACGCGUGGUAGACAAGAAAUGAGGUUUGACUCCAAGUCACCAGCCAACGGUGUAUCUUCAAGCGAUGAAGCUGCAAAACAACAGAGCUCCAACUCAUGGGCCCAAUCUCAGUUCUCUGCCGAUGCAUGGACUCAACAUCUACAGAGUAAAAAUGGGAUGUUUCAACCGAAUCAGACACAACAAGGAAGCUCGGCCGGUGCCACGGCAGGAAGGAGCGUCUCCCAAACAGCAAGACGACCGGCGCAAAGUCGUCAACCAGGUGUGGCGACUGAAGCGGAGGAAGAAGAAAUCACAAUCCCGGUGCCUUCGUCUAAGGGUGCCACAACCCCAGUGCCGGAUGCAAUGGAAAUUGAUGAUGAGCCUACUUCUCACUCAACCAAAGCACGUACUAAUGGAUACGUACCGUCGCCAUUAGGACCUACGAAAGCUGAUUCGGGUACUAAAGGUGGUGGCGAUGAUGGAAAGACAUCAGAAUGGAUGAGUAGUCUGUUCAACAUGAAUGCGCUCCAUAAUGUGGCCCCUUUCACCAAUAGCGGAGGCAUAAACGAUUUGAAUGAUAUCUACACAACACUGCCAUUCGAGUCUCGACCAAACGAUCCCAAUACUGGCCGUCGAAUGGCCCCUCAACGGACCAAAGCUAGUCUCCCGCAGCCACCAAAGCGUCCAUCCCGGCCGGGAGUCAUACCGAAUGGCAACGACCCGAGAAACAUGGUUCUUCCUAAGCAAAGCUGGGAGAAUUAUGAGAGACAGAUGAGCGCGUAUAUUACCGAAUGGAACAAAUUUCAACGACAGAUGCUGCAGCUAUUGGCCAUGAGGCAACUAGGAUUUGAGACUGGCAUGGCUCCUAGAUGGAUCGAUGCUACCGGUGACUCUCUUCGAUUGAAUACCAAGUCUAACGAGGAUGACGCGGAUGCGGAGGCGGGCGAACAUGAUACUGACAAUGAGUCCGAUAUACUUCUCCCACACAAUCCUCACGGUGGGUUCAAGGCAUAUUUCAACUCUAUCGAUGACUAUAUGCGCAUCGUUGAGCACUGGUCAGUUGCGUUGGAACGGCACCGGGAAUGUAUAUCGCAACUUGGUGAGCUUCGUCAGUGGAUCAGGGGCCAUCGGAAAUUGGCAUGA